GAUUACUGUUGAUCCAACCAUUCCGAGGCAUAAGCAGACCCACGGCAGUGUUUAUACGCGGUUCAGUGCGUAGUUUGCGCGACGGUGACACACUUGCCUUUUGGCUGUGGCUGUUUGGUGUAGGUGUGGGUGUAGGUGUAAGUGUAGGUGUACCUGGCGUUUGGCGCGCCGGUGCCCAUGACCUCAUGCAUACACGCGCGCGCGCGCCGGCGUCUAACGCGCGCCCCCCACCGUCGCCACUACACGCUCAACCAGCACGCCAGGCCUGGGUCAUGGCAUCAUGGCCGCGCCCACUGUGCAGCUGACAAACCAAGUCGAUGGCUCUGGCGCCGGCGCUCAUGUCGAGUCUGUUGCCACGCUGAGCGACUAUGGCUCCGACAUUGACAUCGACGACGAAGACAUCCUGCUCGCAAACGCCCUCGACACGAUAAGUGGCCCAGUCCCCGUCGACAAAGGUGUCGUCUUGCCCAGCGUCGAGUUUGAACACGGCCGGCUUGGAGAGGAAGAGCAACAUGUGGACGGCUUCGUCCAAGUACACAAGCCAUCAGCGCUGCGCCUUAGCCACGGCCCGAGGACCAUGCAUGCCCAUGCCCAGAGGAACCCGCAAAGCUCGCCCAUGCGAGACCGCUGUACGCUGGAAGUCGAGUACGACGAGACAUCGCGGCGAGCAUGGAGUGUUCCUCUUGAACAACCAGCCUCGCCCCUUGGACACUCGCCGUCUGGCUCGCGUCCUGGUACAUUAAACAACAAGGCCUCUCUUCCUCCAUCCCAAGUCGAAGGCGUUGCCCCAAGCGACAGUCGUUCGCCCCUCGCGCGAUUUCGCACAAAGCCCAAGAAGCCCUUGUCGGUGACAGAUCUUGUCUCGCCUGCGUGGUGUGAGUUGCAGUACUACUACAACCUAAGCACAUUUGGCCGCAAGCCAAGAACACGGGCGAUGCGCACAGGCUCAAAGAUCCACCAAAAGCUCGAGGCCGAGGUGCACACGACGAUCCCAGUGCAGGUAGAAAGCAAGGAAGACUGCUUUGGUUUGCGCAUAUGGAACACGAUAUCUGGCCUGCGCUGUCUGCGUGAAACUGGCAUGACACGAGAGCUAGAGGUGUGGGGUGUGCUCGAGGGCCAGGUCGUUAAUGGCAUCAUCGACCAACUAUCCUGUCAAUGCCCUGAUAUCGCUUUUGAAGAGCAGCUUGAGACGUCGCGUGCGGAGAAGAACGGGGGCAUUGUGCCUUUGUCGCCAGGCCAGCCCACCAUAUCAGAGGCCUUUGCAAAGCCUUCUCCGUCGCACAGUCAUCGCCAAAUCUACGUGACUGACGUCAAGACGAGGGCUGCAAGCUCACUCCCGGCUGGAGCUUCCUUGCGCCCUACCUGGAUGCAGUUGAUGCUUUACCGCAAACUACUCGAAUCGCUAUCCUUGAACACGGUAGAUGCCGAGACUGUCUUCUUGCGCUACAAUCUUCACCCUCUUGCUAGUUUCACCGACACCUUUAAGCAGGCGGUUGAGGGUAUCGGGCCUCACGACGAAGCCUCAAACUAUCCGAAUCUUCUGUCCUUGUGGUCGCUCCUGAUUGCAGAAAUGCAAACCACAAUACCGACUACGAGUCUUUCGCUCAUCCUACGCGCAGAGUUUCGUUCUGCCAUGACCGGCCAUGUAAUGGGAUCAGAACUGACCGUGUACGAGGCUGAAGUUAUUGACAGGUACAUUUAUGAGAAGAUGGCUUGGUGGAAGGGGCGGAGAGAGGCAAAGGGGGUUGAAAUCGAAGAGGUCUUCAAGUGCAGGAUAUGUGAUUUUGCCGACAGCUGUAGCUGGAGAAAGACAAAGGUUGAGGAGGCUAUUGAGAAAAGCAGACUUAGACGAGCAGCAAAGGAAAAGAGCGCUGUGUAGCAAAA